GGAAAGAAAAAUCAUGUAUUCAUUUUCACAGGCCCAAAGAAGAGGAUGUUCUGAAAUCCUAGAAUCAUUAAACUACAGUAAUUUGCUUGAACUGAAGGACACUGUAGCCAGAAAGAUAAAUGUGUGGAGUACAGAAGGUAAGUACGAUCAGGCCGAUUUCUAUCUAACAAAUAGAUUAUAAUUGUUUAUAACUGUGUAACUCUCUCUUGUGCAUCAUUGGAUAUGUUUUCUCUUUAGACUAUUUUUGGGUUCUGAACUCAACCUUGUGUGUAAAAUUGCACGUUUACACUCGAAUAAUUUUUAAAUGUAUUUAAAGAAAAAUGUACUUAAGGAAGCCUUGAAUGUACUGUAUAUAUAUAUAUAAAAACAUUCUCUGUCCUCUGGACGUAUUUGCUAAUUUUUUUUACCUUCAGCUGAUGAAAAAUAAUUUUUACAUUGGGUGCAGAGCACAAUGCUCUCAUUUAAAAUUAUGCUUUUGUGUUGUGAUUAUGUGGUUUUCACCAUCUCAAUAGACUUUCUCAAAAACGCAUGACAUUCCUACAUCAACCUGCCCUAACUUAUCUAGUAGCAUAUGCAGUGAAUAAUUAGCAUCUCAUUGUCUUCUGGCAAGAUAGCACCAAUGUCCAACGGCAACAUCUUGUAGACAGUUUACAGAACUACUGGAUACUAGUUUUCUGCUAAAUAUACUUCUGAACUGUGAUUAUUUGCAGCCUGUAAUUUCCCUUUUUAACAAUAUAGUUUUUGGGACAACUGAAUGAUCUGGCGCUUCUGUGAUUUCCUGGGGGAUUCGGCAUGGAAUACAGCUGUGGCUGUAGCUGGGGGUGGCUGCGUUUAUUCCUAAUGGCACAACAUAGCACAAACCCGUGGUUGGCUCCAUUGCUCCACUCUGAGUAAAGCGCUGAGCCAGAUUAAGUUCAAUGAGAAUGGAAAACGAAUGGGUGUUCGUGCCACCUGCCUGUGUUUGACUGGUAUCCUACUCAGUGUUGCCGGCGGAAGGUGCUGCAGUCUUGGAUCCCAGGCCGGGAGGUCCAAUUGCCUUGGCAGUUCGUGGCGAUGGACUCACUUCUGGCUGCAUUUUCAUGUUUAAUGUCUUCACUGUUGAAAAUGCUUUAUUAUUUGUGUGAUUGAGACCUUUCGGCAUGCAAGUGGAUCUGUGGUUGAGACCUGCAGCUAAAUGGCAGACACAGCAGCGAAUUUCCUGACGCGGUAGCCGCAGCCAUUGGCUCCUGUACCGUGUGGCCGCAGCCGUUGGCUCCUGGACUGGCUUCACUCGCCUCAGCGGUUCAUGGUUGUGGACGCACUUCAGGGUUCUCUGCCGUUUGAUGUUUAAUGCCUUGUGUAUUGUUUGUUCGCUUUUUGUUGCUGCUUGGUUUGGAAUUUUUUUUUUACGCACGUUUGAUGGUCUUUUGCGGGUUUUUUCUUUAAACGGGUUCUUUGGAGUUGCUUCGUUUUGCGAGGAGACAAAUCUCAACUUCGACCUCAUCAAUGUCAUUCUGAAACACAGCCAAAGUGCAGAAGAGCUCCUAAAACGCAGGAAGGUUCUGCGCGAGGAAAUAUUGAAGUACCUGAUUAAACAUGGUGUCACUGUUUCUACAUCGUCAGACAAACAGCAACUUAUUAAUAAAGCUUUGGUCUAUUGGAUAAUGUCAGAAAUGAAUAGAGAGCCAACAGCAGCUAAAAAAGAUGUGCAAGUUCUGCACCAAAAACAGAGGGAAGAACUGGGGCAAAAGUUAGUGGAGAAUACUGAAAGUAUAGUGGUAAAACCACAGACAACGACUUCCACAACAUUGAGAGAACUGAGGCAGGUGAGACAGGCAGAGGAGCAGAAGGAGAAAGAAGAGAAGGAAAAGAGACAAGAGGAGCAAUUGCGAAGGCAAGAGGAAAUACGGACUCCACCGCAGGAUGCAAUGCCCAUGGAGUUGAACAUAAAUGUGAAUAUUUUGCAGUAUCAUCCCCCAUCUCAGCAAGAGGCAAGUGGAGUCUCAGGAGGUGAACAAAUGGGCAAGGAGUUCUGUGAAUGGUUCUUCCAGCUUCUGAACUCUCAGAAUCCUUCCUUUGGACAAAAGGCUGAAGAGUGGGGCCCCCAGCACUUUUGGGACGAUGCAAUCCUUCACUUUACCUAUUGUAUCCAGGAACUCGUAGAAGAACAACAUCAGAGUUCUGUGACUGUUAGUUUGCGCCUGCUGUCACUGGUAAAAGAUGAACAACUGCUCUUCAACCCCAAUAUCAGCCAGAGUGGUCUGAUGUGUGUAACUUCUCCACACGGAAUAGUUGCCAUAGCAGUGGCUGGCACCAUUCACAGGAAUUGCCAAUGCCUAGGUGUUUUUGAACAGCUCAUUGGGCUCAUACGCACACCAGUCUAUGGAAACAAUUGGAAAAUCAGGUAUAUUAACCUUAAGGUGAAAGCUUUUAAUGAUCAGCCUGUAAUUCUGCAACCCAGUGUAUCUGUUCAGAUGACAGAACUACAAGCCUGUAUCAAUGAAUUAAGUGCAUUUCCGAAGUAAUUUACUUUGAAAAUCAUUUUCACUUUAUAGCCUGAAAGGAUUUGAAAUUUGUGUGGAUUUAUGUAAUGGGUAGGCAUUUUCCUGCAUAAAUGACACUGGAUAAUAAAAUUAAAAAAUUACCCUCCUUCUGGAUUUGCAACUAUUUUCACAUAUGGAAGUUUUACCAACUAUUGUAAUCUUAGGAACCUAUCUUCUACUUUAAAAGACAGUACUGCGCUAAAGUCUUAGACACAUAAUGAAGUUAGGACUGAUCAGACACCUCCCUGAUGGUAUUGCAUGAUGGAUCAGAAUCUGUUUGUACUUCUCAGCAUUGAGGAUUCCAUUACUUCUGACCAGAUCACCAACUCCAUUUGCAGAAAUGCAGGCCCAAACUGGCAGGGAACCUCUGACCUCUGAACCUCUGUUUGCUGCAGACAUGCAUCUGUGUAUCGCUCUCCAGCUUUUCUAUAGACAAACUGCCUCCUGUCUGAGCCAAAAAUUUCAAAUUUUGACUUUUCAUUCCAGAGUAGUUGCUGCCAUCGUUCAGCACACCCGUCCUGGGUUUUUGUGCGUAGGCGAGUCUCUUGGCUUUGCUUCCACUUUAAAGGAAUGGCUUUUUGGCGGCAACUCGUCUAUGAAUAUUUCUGACAAGACUUCUCCAGAUUAUAGAGGGGUGUACUUGGGUUUCAGUGGCUUCUGUGUGUUCAGAGCUGAUAGCAGUACUGGACUGCUUCUGAGUUAGAAGGGACAUUAGUUUGGUGUUUAUCCGUCUCCUACACUCCUUUCAUGUCCGACCACUGCACUUCAGAUUGUCAACCUUGCCUGUUUUUAUGUGCUUUUUCAGAAUAGAUUGGACAGCACAUCUUAAAUCUCUUGCCUGCCACAACAUUUCUGCUUGGGAGAGACAUUGCUGAUGCAGGAUGACCACCUUGUAGUCUUGUUACGGUGUAAGAAUUGAUGAUUUAAAGAUUAAGCCCCCACAUUUGCCACAAUCUCACCUUUUAAUUUGGUUGUCCUUCAUCUAGUUUGAUUUCUGUUUCAGUUAAUCAGUUUAGUUCAUUCAAUACAUUAUGUUUUUGAUCAUUAGCAUCCUUUUUGUUUAUCUUGGUUUGAUCGUGCAUUGGCCUAGAUACAUACUAAGUAAUCAAGAUUUUACUUGAAAGGUGGUUUAUUAUAUAUUACUUUCUUCAGAGAACUACAUAAGUUCUUGGUAACAUUUAAUUUUUUGGAAAAUGAAUAUUUAGAAAUCUAAAAUUUGCUCUCUUCUACUGACACUAUUGCAGAAGAGAAAAUUAAACAUUUAAAACAAAAUUUGAAUAUAAAAUCUAGGCUGCCAAAGAUUCUUGCACAGAACUGUAGUUAUUGUAAAAAGAAAACUGACCUUCCAAAAAAGAUGAUUUAGGGAUGAAAAUCCUUUGUGCAUUAUUUUUAAUCAACAGAUCAAUAUAUUUAGUAAAUGUCAAUUUGCAUCAUUUCAUUUAAAUCAUUAGUGCAUAUAUAAAUUACUUUUGUUAAAUCACUAUAGAAAGGAGCCUUUUGCAAGCACCAAUAAAAUGGGGGCAAGUGAAAAAUCCAGAUGAAAGCUUUUAACAAUCAGCUGGCAAUGAUCCAACCCCGUGUCUGUAUCUGUUCAGAUGACAAUACUACAGGUUCACGUCAAAGAAUUAACUGCACUUCUGAAGUCGGCAGAUUUUGGAUAGGGAAGGACAGUGUGCUGAGGUAUAUCAGCUGUGACUAUGAUGAACAGGCUCGAAGGGCAAAACAGCCACUGGUGCUCUUAUCUCUUACCUUUUAUGUUAUCAUUUGUAUUAAAUAGAAGCUUGUGUUUAAAUGGGACAUUUAUUAGAGUUUUUAUGUUCUCAGUGACAGUGACGAUGGGUCUCUUUCAUCCUAAUGUGCUUGUGCUUGUCUGGUAGAAAAAGCUAACUUUGAACUGCAGGGUGAAUAAAAGGAUGGAGACCCCACCUAGAAAAUAUUUAUUGGAGGGUUGGGGGUAUAAGGUGUGGAUCUUUCUUAAUUGUGCAAAAAGGUGAUGCUCCUGGACAUGAAACAUAAGCAAGAACUCUUUACUUUUAAUAUCUGCUGCUUCUUAUUAACAUUGAUGAAGAAGGACUUUCUCAAUUCAUUAUUUUCUGUGUAUUGUCUGGACCGGGUUUUAUGCUUCACUGAUUAUUUGAUUGUUACACUGUAAUUAUCA